UAUUGCCAUUAUGAAAUCACUUUCUUCCGUUGUUUUACUACGUAGUUUAUAAAGGGCUUACAAAUGAAUGAAAGAUAGAGCAAAGGGCAAAUUUGGGGAGGAAGCGCGCGACCUGAAUUUUUUUUAUUGGGCCCCCCCAAUUGAGUUCAAAGAUGACGGACUCCUUCGACAGCCAAUUUGGGCUUCCAGCAAACCUCCACCAACAACUCCAUUCUUCGAAAUCCUGUUUCAACCAUGAGGAUCGAUAUCUCAGGGCGGUUCUUCAUUGGAGGCGUAUUGGUUCUGAUAUCGACGAUCGCCUAUCCCUCGCAAUGGUUCGUCUUCUACGCACCUUUAGGCGGCUGGGCCUGGUCGACUGCCAAAGUGUUGGUACCUUUAAAUAUUCUCGUGGCCAUGGUGUUUUACAAUUACUACCUGUCAUGUUCAACGGAUCCAGGGAGAAUCCCAUUGGAUUGGGAACCUCCAGCUACUAUUGCCCAACCGACGGAGGAAGGCAAGCGGAUGGGUAUCACUGGCCCCCGGUUUUGUAAAACUUGCAAUGUAUUUAAGCCCCCUCGAUCACAUCAUUGCAGCGCUUGUCGUCGCUGUGUCCUAAAAAUGGACCACCAUUGUCCUUGGAUUGCCAACUGCGUAGGCUAUGACAAUUAUGGCCACUUUUUCCGCUUUCUUAUUUAUGUCGACUUGGCAACUUUGUAUGUACUGAUACUGCUCAUUUGGAGAAUACGAAAAAUUAUGGACGACAUUCGACAUUUUAGGUUCCAGGCAGAACCGUCCACCACCGAAGUUGUCUUCCUCGUCCUUACUUUUGUACUGGACCUUGUAGUGCUGUUGUGUGUAGGCGUUCUGAGUUGCUAUCAUAUAUAUUGUGUGUGCAAGAACCAAUCCACCAUUGAGAGCUGGGAGCGCGGUAAAGUCAAAGGCUUGGUUCGACGGGGCAAGAUCCCAUCGACACAAUACCCGUUCAGUAUUGGGAUUAUAAAAAAUAUCUGCUCAGUGCUUGGCCCUAACCCACUGCUAUGGCUUUGGCCACAAAAACCACCAGGUGAUGGACUCCAGUAUCCAGUUAGUAAAGGCAUAGACCCAAGAGCAGCUUACAUCUGGCCACCUCGCGACCCAGACGAUCUACGACCCUCCAUCUUUUCUCGAGGACAACAUCCGGCUGGUAGAAAUGGUAAAGCCCGAUAUCACCCCACACCGCAGCAGCGAAACCAUGUUCGUCGCGAUUCGGAAGGAUAUCUUGUGCGUGAACUGACGGCAGAAGAACGAACGUCGAUGAUGGAGUCCUAUGUGGACGACGAAAAUGCACAAGUGUAUGAGAUGGGAAUGCACGAACCUGGACCUUAUAAUUACGAGGAAGAUUAUUAUGACUCUGGCAGCGCCAUUACUGAUAGCGGCGAUGAAUUCUCUCUUACUGAAGAUGAAGAAAACAUGCGAAAUGCCGUUAAUGGAUACGAUUAUCCUCCUGAUAACUAUGCGGAUGAAGAUGCUCAGUGGGAACAAUACGUGGCCGCUGACUACGCAGGACGACCCGACCUUGCAUACAAUCAGGAAGAAGAGUAUGCAAUAGAAGAGGACGACGGUGACGACGCACCCCUUGCUACCUUGAUACCAAAGACUAACUCCACGACAAAAGGUCUCAAGAAGGAUUAGCAGAUGUUUUCAUAUAUUUUGUCAUAAUAUUGUAGUUCAAUUGCACGUAUUUUUUUUCGGUUUUCAUUAAUGGUAUUGAUUGUUGUGGCAAUUUAGCCUUUUGGUGGUCA